AAGUUUCUUAUACGUAUCUUGGAUUAAAUACUUCAUCCAUGCUGUUAACAUACACUCAGUAGUUUUGCUAGACAGUGCCGGGAUGAGCUCCACCGUGGCCGUGGCGCCGCGGCGCGCCGCCGAUAUCUGGAGGCGCCUGCACGGACUGGUCUGCGUGUUCAAACCGGCCGGGUGCACGGUGAACCACUGCAUGCGGGUGCUGCGCCACCGGCUGGCCGCCGACCUGAACGCCGUGGAGGAGGCGCGCUACGCGGCGGCAGUGGACGGCCCGACCGCCGCCGCUGGGGACUGGGCGGUGGCGCCGGUGGUGGACUCGGCGUCCCUGGCGCCGCCGCUGGCCGGCCUGAACCCGCGCCUGCUCACCGGAGCCGCCUUCCAGCCGGUGGACGUGCGCGUGGCGCGGCUGGCCUCGCUGGGCCGCCACAUGUCCGGGCCGCUGCUGCUGGGCGUCAACAGCGGCGCCCGGCUGGCGGCCGCGCUGCGCGACGCCGGCCCGCAGGUGCGCGUGCACCAGGUGACGGCGCGGCUGGGCCUGGCCACCGACACGCUGCUGGCUGCCGGCCGGCCCACCGAGCGCGCCGCCUACGGCCACGUGACGCGCGGCCGGCUGGAGGCGGUGCUGAGCGGCCUGCAGGCGGCCCACCAGCGGCUCAUGUUCGAGCACACCGGCCUGCCGGUCAACUCGCAGGCCGCCUACGAGCUGGCGAGCCGCGGCCCGGCGCGGCCGGAGCGCGGCGCGCCGCCCGUCAUCUACGGCCUGCGCUGCCAGCAGUUCGCGCCGCCGUUCGUCACCAUCGAGGUGCACAGCUGCAACGAGUCGAGCCAGUACCUGCUGACGCUGGUGGCUGACAUGGGCCGCCAGCUGCGCUCGGCCGCCGUCACCGUGCGCUCGCGCUGCCUCCGACACGGCCCGUUCCACCUCGAGCACGCGCUGCUCAUGAAACACUGGCAGCUGGAGCACGUGCAGCGCAACAUGCGCCAGUGCCUGGUGACGGCCGCGCGGGGCCUGACGGCGCCGCUGUCGGCCACCCUGCAGCCCGUGCCGGGCCCCGGC